UGAUUUCUCAGGUGAUGGGGAGUCCCUGAUUGCUACAGUAUACUGUAUAAAAGCUACUCUGUGUUACAAACAGACCAUGGACGCCAUUCAACAUGUUGCCUUUGCUGAUCCUAGUUUUAAGCUACACAACUAGAGUUUAUUCUUCGGAAAUAGUGGCACGAGGAGACACGGCUGUUGUGUUUGGUCAGGAUGCUUCUCUCUCUUGUACUCUGCCGUUCGUGUCCGGCGUCAAACAGGUGACGUGGCAGCGGGUGCGCGCGCAGGAUGUACACACUCUGGCCACAUUCAGCGAGCGCUUCAAGGAUAAUGUGGAUGAGGACUUUGUCGGAAAAAUCAUUUUCCAAGCAUCGUUUAAUUCAACAACUAUUGAGAUCAAAAACACAACAUUUGAAGAUGAGGCUUGCUACAUUUGUUCCUUUAAAGUGUAUCCAACAGGACCCAAACGAGAAACCCUGUGCGUCACUGUUAAAGGUAUCUCAGAAAUAACAGCAGCAGUGAAUCCUGCAGACACUUCUGAUCCAGAUGUUGUGGUUUCAUGUUCAGCCACUGGUAAACCAGCUCCAACAAUCCAGUGGAAAUCCACAGAACAAGAGCUGAAGCACUUCAGGUCAGAUAAUUUCACAACCCACAACAAUGACAGCUCAACCACCGUUACAAGCAACAUCACACUUCCGCUAUCCCAGUUUCAUGGCAAGUACGUGGAGUGUUUGGCUCAGAGUGAUGACUAUGAGAGGAGUGAAACAAUCUAUAUACCUCGACAACAACAGCCUGAUGAAGAUGCAUCAAGAAAUUACAUCAUCACAUUUUCAGUCCUCGCUGUCAUGGCUGUUGUGGUUAUUCUCAUUACUGUCAUCUUUAUUUACUACAAACGAAAAAGAGACAGGUUUGGGCUAAAAUCUUCUGCUGAAAAACUUCAUGACUCAAAUGAGGAAUGUUAAAUCUGGAGCUACCUCAAAGUAUAUCAUUGUUUGUUUUGUCACUGUGAGUUUUUUGUGUUUCUUAAAGAAUUCCUGUAUUUCUAAUUUUUACUUAUUUAUUAAAUAUAAUGAAUUUAUUUUUACAUUACUAUGUAAUGCUAGAUUAUGUAGAUUUGGUACAUUUUGGUUGAAUGGUAGCCUUGGUAGGGUGGUUGAAUGUAAUGAAACAAACUAAAUUAUUUUAUUACUUCCUCUGAAGUUGAAACUAAUUUAUAAAUGCAAGUUCUGUAUUCUUCUUUCUUUAAUGCUUUCUCGUGAUGUCAUUCCUCAGUAUUGUUUUAAACAGUGACAGUCAUUUGAGGAAGAAAUGAAAAAAAUCAUUGUUUACUAAUUUAAACAGAAGCUGAAAUGUGAAAAUGUUGGAAAUGAGGUGAAAUGUUUUAUUGUUUACUGCAAUGCACUUUAAAGGCUGCUUGGAAAGAUUACUGCUGUUGUCAGUUUUUGCACUUUAUUUGUUUUUUACAGAAAGAUUGCUACAUGUUUAUUUAGGAAAAAGUUAUUUAUUACAAAAUAAACAUUAAUGUUUGUAUUUGACAAAUGUAACUAACAAAUGUAACACAUCUGUAACUAUAUAUGGAACUGGUUGUUUUGCACUGAA